AUGGAAUGCACUGGUGAGACGGUGAGGGGCUUAGAGGCAUCAAAUCUUGCUUCCAUUGAUGAAGGAUAUCUUGGUGGUUGUGAAGUGUCAAGUCACGAUGCACAGGUCCUUGCCAGUUUAACUUCUGCAAAGUCGUACUUUGAUAUUUUCUCAAACAAAAUUGACCAAGAGGUUAUGGAACUAGAGGAGGCUGAAUUAGAAUGGGACAUCCUUCAGAAAGAACAUGCAUUACAUGAAUCACCAAUCAAAGAUGGACAUCAGAUUCUUUCUCUAAGCUCUCCUGUGGAAGAUGAUGCACGCCUUAAGCAAAUCAAGGAUUGCAUUCAUUCCUUAGAAAAGUCCAAGCUCCAUGAAGACAUAGUCGCCUGCAGGCAGAAAAAACUUCUUAUGAGACGUGCCCGCCAGAAAUGUUUUGAAGAGGCAGCUUUACCAGAAGCUGAGCUACUUCAAGAACUUGAGAGGGAGAGAGCAGCUGAAGUUGAAAAAGAGAUCGAGAGACAGAGAUUGCUAGAACUUGAGCGUGCAAAAACCAGGGAGCUGCGACAAAACCUUGAGAUGGAGAAGGAAAGACAAGCCAGAGAGAGCUUCAGCGUGAAUUGGAACAGGCUGAGGCAGGAGUACGACCAUCACGACGCGACUUUUCCUCUACCUACAGCAGGUGAUCCUUUUAUGUGAUUUGUGGGAACUGCUUAAUUAUUCUGAAGUUUUGUUCAUGGAUAGAUAGUGUAGACUAAAAUAUUUAUUUUUUAGUGGAUAUAAGGGUAGGGCAUGCCACAACAAAUGUAAAUUAAAUAAGAAUCAUGGAUUAGAGGGUGGUUGGUGGACCCGUCACCAUGUUUCGAUUUCAGGAAUUUAGAGUUGUUGUCCA